AUGCUUUCCAAGGACUUCCUGGUGGGCAGCAUGGCCGCAGCGCUCAGCAAUACGGCGGUGGCGCCUAUAGAGCGAGUCAAGCUCUUGCUCCAGGUACAACAUGCAAGUCAACAGAUUGCUGCUGAUAAACAGUACAAAGGAAUCAUCGACUGUGUGGUUCGCAUUCCUAAAGAGCAAGGAGUAUUAUCCUUUUGGUGUGGAAACUUGGCCAAUGUCAUCAGAUACUUCCCCACUCAGGCACUCAACUUUGCCUUCAAGGAUAAGUAUAAGCAAGUGUUCUUGGGAGGAGUAGACAAGCAGACACAGUUCUGGAGGUAUUUUGCUGGUAAUCUGGCUUCUGGAGGUGCAGCUGGAGCUACAUCUCUCUGCUUUGUCUACCCGUUAGAUUUUGCAAGAACCCAUCUGGCUGCUGAUGUUGGAAAGGCUGGUGCUGAUAGAGAAUUCUCCAGUUUGAGCAAUUGUUUAGCAAACAUUUUCAAGUCUGAUGGCCUACAUGGCUUAUAUCAAGGGUUCAAUGUCUCUGUCCAGGGUCUAACAAUCUACAGAGCUGCCUACUUUGGAAUUUAUGACACUGCAAAAGGUAUGCUUCCAGAUCCUCGGAACACACAUAUUGUGAUAAGUUGGAUGAUUGCACAGACAGUAACUGCAGUGGCCGGUGUGAUGUCUUAUCCCUUUGACACAGUGUGGCGUCGUAUGAUGAUGCAGUCUGGGCGUAAAGGCGCUGACAUAAUGUACUCUGGAACAAUUGACUGUUGGAAGAAGAUAGCAAGAGAUGAAGGUGGAAAAGCUUUCUUCAAGGGCACGUGGUCUAAUGUUCUGUGA